AUGGAUAGUGAGACGCAAGGCGCUGCGCAGGGUCCGAGCACGACGGAUCCAGAAGCCAUGGCGGUGAGACGCCUGGAGCUGGAGCUGGAAAAGGUGCGCCUACAGCUAGAGUGCGAGCGCAUUGCUCUACGGAGAGUGGAGCUCGAGCAGUCGAGCAGGCCGCCUUCGGUGUCGGAAGGAAGCGAUCGGCGCGGUGCCAUCACGGAUGGAAUAGCACAAUGUGCUAAAGUGCUUAAGGCAUACCGGUUGCCGUGUGACGCUGACGUUCCGAUAUGGUUUGAUGAGGUCGAAAAGUUGUUUACAUCUUUUCAAGUACCUGCACACAGCCGUGUACAUUUGAUCAUGCCGGCGCUGGCCGAGCGGGUUCGUUAUCUGUUGCGUGGCCUCAAUGACGAGGAAUGUACAGAUUAUGAGACUGUAAAGAAGGCAGUAUUAGAUGAACUUAAGCUCACGCCAGCUAAAUACUUGGAGAGGUUUGAAAAGGCUUCUAAACGAAAGGAGGAAACUUGGGCUCAGUUCGCGUCCCGCGCUAGAACCUAUUUGGCCUAUUACCUUCAGUCUCGCACUGCAAACACCAAAGAAGCUAUGACGGAGCUUAUGGUCGCUGACCGUAUGAAAGCUAGUCUAAGCUCAGAAGCCCUAGAAUAUGUUCUUUUGCGGGAAGGCGAAGAUUGGUUUAAGCCAGUGGAGGUGGCAAAAGUACUCGAGACUUUCGAGCAAGCUAAAGGGAAAGGACGAGCAACUAAGCCAGCCGCAACAGCCUCAUUGCCGCAGCGCGCAAAACUAGCUGGCCCGCAGAGGACAAAUUUAAGAUGCCACGUGUGUCAUAUACAGGGUCACCUAGCCAGAGACUGCCCAAAAGCUUCAGAUAAAGAACCGCAGGGGAAGCCACCGACUGUGCAAAAACAAAGGGUACAGAAGGUUGCUGUUGUAAGUGAAGAACCUCCACCAGAGCAAGAAAGGGUGCUAAGCGCUAGAGUACAUGUCGUAGCUCAAAAUGCUAGCUCGGGGAGGUCGAAGCUGGACCUAAUCCCUAUCAUGUGCGGGGAUAUAGCAACGGAAGCUGUGUUGGACACAGGUAGUGAGAUAACGGUAGUCCGUAAAAGUAUGUUGCCCAUCGAUUUACAGGAGCCAUCACGAACAGUAAGACUUGAGUCGGCAUUCGGAAACACCAUUCGAGCUAAGCUAGCUACGCUGCCCGUAGGCAUGCAUCGCCCGGGGGCUGUGAUACAACCGCAGAGGAUCGAUCUGGUGUGCGCGGUUACCGACGAACUUGCAAACGGGGUUGACUGCCUGCUGUCAAAGGAAGAUUGGGAACUACUACGGGCGCAGGAAAAAGAGGAGUUUGGAGAGGAAAAUAUUCCGCGGGCAGGGGUCCGAUCAGUCGAAAUGGUCGAUAACACUGAGCCGGACUGCGGUCUAAGUUUCGAAGAAACGACAGAGCAAAUGCCUAAGUUGCAAGAGAAUAGUUUCAUACAAGAUGUCACUGGGGUGCCCAGUCAGCGGGAGCUAGAACUAGCCGAGAGUGUAGCUGAGUUGACAGGCACCGAGUGCCAGAGCAAACAUGCUCUAGUUUACAAUAGGAGGGCACGGACUAAAGAAUUUAAUGUCGGGGACCAAGUACUCCUCUUUGACACAGGUUGGGCAACCAAGAUAGCUGCCAUAGAAGGUCUUGUGCCACCUCACACAAAGAAAGAGUUGCGAAGUCUGUUGGGGCUUUGUGGGCAUUAUCGGGACUAUGUCUCAAACUACGCCGACGUGGCGAGCCCGCUUACAGCUUUGACAAGGCGAGGGGUUCCUAAUUCAAUUCCAUGGUCGGAAGAAGCGCAGUGCGCGUUCGAAAGUCUGAAAUUAGCUCUCUGUCAGGCUGUCGCCAUGAACACGCCUGAGCCUCAUCAGCCGUACUGGCUAUUCACAUACGAGCCUGGGUAUGUUUCGGAGAUCCACAGCAGCGGCCGCUGUACUGUCAACGUUUGGGGAGCAAUUAGCAAAGAGGGCCUCGGUCCGCUAAUCCGACUGUCCCCAUCGUUCACAGCUGAAGCUUACUGUGACAUUCUGGACUACCACCUAUUGCCAUACGCGCUGGACGGGCCAUUUAAAGAUGGCUGCUACUUCUUCCAGCAAGACCUGAGCCCGGUGCACACCGCCAGAGCUGUGGCAAAACUUCUUCAAGAACGUGGGGUUCGCGUUCUUGACUGGCCUCCGAAAGGUGCAGACUUCAAUGUUAUGGAGAACGUGUGGGGCAUGAUGAAAGAAAGCUUAUCCAAGCUGAAUCUGGGAGGGGCCAGUGCCGACGAGCUCUGGCUCGCCAUAACGCGCGAGUGGAAGCGCCUUGGAGAGAGAAGGGACUUCGUCGAUGCGCUCUACGAGUCAAUUCCACGCCGCGUACAAGCUGCGCUUCGCGUGGACGGCGCAUUCGGGAGAUAUUGA